UGCAUUUCGUAGCUGGCUGGGAGAGUCACUCGGCGGUCAAGGAGACACAUUUUUGGAAGAUCCCAAUGGUUCGCCUAUUCCUUCAUGGUGAAGUGCCUUAUCAGCCUUUCUACAGCUGGCCUUUUGAUCCUCAUCCUGGCUUUUCACAUCAAGGAAAUCCAGCUCUUCAUGCUGGAUAACUCCUUGACGGACUGGCGGAUUGCCGUGAGCACUCCGAAGCUGGCUCUGAUUGCCCUGGAGCUUCUGAUCUGCUCCCUUCACCCUCUCCCGCUCGGAGACUUCCCCUGCCUUGAUCCAAAGCCUGAACAGACUUUACCGUUCCUCUCCGGCUUUGACAUGUCGCUGUCGCUGCUCAUGUUCCUCCGCCUGUACCUGGUGCCCCGGGCUGUGCUGCUGCGGAGCAGCGUGCUGGGAGAUGCCUCUUACCGCAGCAUCGGAUCCCUCAACAAGAUCCACUUCCAGUACCCUUUCGUGCUGCGGGUGAUGGUGAACAGCCAGCCCGGGCGGGUGCUUCUGAUCUUCACCAUGGGACUCUGGUUCAUUGCCUUCUGGGUGCUAUCUGUCUGUGAACGGCAACACAUGGAAGGGUCCGACUACCUGGGAAGCACCUUUUGGCUGAUUCCCAUAACUUUCCUAACCAUCGGCUAUGGAGAUGUGGUGCCAGUGACGAUGUGUGGAAAGCUGGUGUGUCUGCUCACUGGUGUUAUGGGAGUGGGCUGCACGGCGCUGCUGGUGGCGGUGGCUGCUGAUAAGCUGGAGUUCACCAGAGCUGAGAAACAUGUACACAAUUUCAUGAUGGACAUUCAGUGUGCCAAAGAGAUGAAAUGUUCCGCUGCGAAUGUGUUGCAAGAAGCCUGGCUGUUGUACAAACACACCAAGAGGAAGGACGGCAGGCGGAUGCGCAAGCACCACCGGAGGCUGCUGGCGGCCAUCCAUAUGUUCCGGCAUGUAAGGAUGAAGCACCGGAAGAUCCGAGAUCAUGUCAAUGCCAUGGUGGAUAUUUCCAAGAUGCAAAUGAUCAUGUGUGACCUCAGCAGCAGCCUUAGCAACUCCCACCGGGAACUGGAAAAGCGGAUCGAGUCCCUGGACAGGAAACUGGACAAGAUGACCAGGUUGGUCUCUGCCUUUGUAGAGUCCAAGCAGCGACAGGAACAGACGGUGCUUUGAACUCCCAAGGGUGGCCAAAGCUAGGUGGCUAAAGGGAUAAUUUCUUUUAUCUCUACCCACUGAGGCCUCAUGAAUGAAUGGAGAACCUUUCAAAGCCCCUACGGACAUUGCGCAUGGAUUCUAUAGGUUCAAGCAUCAUGUAGGGGAAGAUAUGGAACGACACCCCCACCCACCCACCUUGUGGCAAGGCUACGAUCACUGGAGUGAUUUGGACGAGCCCGCUGCUCGCCUCGUCACGACAGAAGACGACGAGGAGCAGGGCCCUCUUGAGUUUUACUUUCUGCACAAAGACUUCUCGCACCUCAGGGUAAACUGCACAAAUGUAAAUCAGAAGACACGACACGCAUUCCGCUAACAGGAUUUUGAGCCAUAAAAGAAAGCGCACGCACGGAAACAUAAAGAUACGGGACAGGAAACAGCGAGAAGUAUGUUGGGGUAGUGGAAGGGAGACUCAGAGCCGUGGAACGCAAAGGCCGUGCCCUUCUCGAAACUAGCAGAAGGAACGGCUUGCAUUCUGGCCAGGAGUCAAAUCUGCAGGAAGCAGGUGGCGAUUCACUGCGCAGGAUCUUGGAGGUGGUGGAACAGAGAACCCCACCCUCUUGAUGUCCAGGCUUAUACUUAACCACAGACUUGGCCACCUCUUAGCAAGCAAAAAUCCAUGUGUGCUUAUGUUGGGGGUGAGAUCUUUUGGUGGCGUUUUGUUUUAGGAAAGGAGAGGUGGGAGGAAAACCUUUGGCGCUUGAUGCUACUUGAAAAUACUAAUUUAGAUAGGUCCAAGGUAGCCAGGCUGGGCUGCUGGAAAUGGGUGGACUAGUCAGCCUAGUCUAAAGAUCUUUUAUAUAUCUAUAUUCUGGCACAAUGUGCCUCUAAAUGCUCCUGGCUAGAAUCACGAUGGGAAAGGAAAAUAGCAAUACUUAAGAGGGGGGAUAAGCCAUAGUUAAGGGGCUGGAGCACAGCUCUUGCACCCAAAAAAUUCAACCUCAGUUUUGCACAUUAAAACAUCCUUGGGAUAAAAAGCCCUUUUAUGGCCAGGGCUUUGGAUAUUUGCUGCCAGGUUUUGUAGGACUAAGGCGGCCAACGUUCAGAUGAUGUAAAUCUGCAUGAGAAGUUCUCAAACAUUGGUUUUGCCAGGAAAGCAGGAGUGGUCUCAGGAACACUUGAUGGAAACUCCGAAUAUUCACUGCCAAAGGCAAACGACCAGCCUUCCUCCACUUGGUAAAUAAGCUGAAUUGAAACGCCCAGGAAUAUCUACCAGCCAACUCAGGAUACAGGCUGGCCCGGGGAUUCUGGGAGCUGCAGUCCAAUCAUCAGACAGGUGGUUGGGAAAGGCUGCUGUCAACGAGGUGUAGACAAUGGUCACCAUCUAGGUGUUCUUCUGGACUCCCAAGUCCAUAAUCCAUCACUGUUGGUUGUGCUGGCAAGGCUCUGCAGUUUUCUACCACAAAUACAUGGAUGCCUACAUUCUGCUAAAGCUCUCACCAUCUUCUGCUGUUGGUCACAUUGGGUGGGACUGAGAUUCUAAAACAUCUGGAGUGAAAAAGCUUCUCCGUCAGUGCCAGAGAGGAUGUAUGAAUGGAACCAAGCUAGGGGUGGGUUGUAGCUUUUCACAGCCCUGCUCUGUUGGGAACCAGUUGCCACUGUAGGUGUGCACUCCUGUGGGGGAAAGCCUCGUGAGGACCGCCAGUCUGCACCCCGAGAAGGUGAUCAUCUCAGUAUACAGUAAAGAUUGUUAAGGACAAUUCUGUUCUUGUCUAGCAGAGGAAAAAAAA